AUGUCGAACGACACACAAGCUUAUGUUCCAUGCACGUUACAAACAUGCCUAAUGUCCGAUGCCAUGAUUCACUAUCGACCGAAUGUGGGUGCAAAUACCUUUUUCCUGGCAGUAUUUGCAAUUCUACUUGUUGCCCAGAUUAUUUUGAGCAGUCGCUAUAAGACCUGGAGCUAUCUUGUGGGUAUGGGCGGAGGCCUUGUGCUUGAAAUAACUGGUUACGCGGGUCGACUUCAACUACACGCUGACCCAUUCUCGUUUAACAACUUUGUACAAUACCUCGUCUGUUUGACAAUUGCCCCGGCCUUUAUCAGCGCUGUGAUUUACCUUUGUUUCUAUCGGAUUAUCAAUAUCUAUGAUUCUUCGCUCUCGAGAAUCAAACCCAAAGCAUUCGCAGUUAUUUUCAUCACAAGUGACAUUUUGUGUCUGGUUCUCCAGGCUGCAGGAGGAGCAAUCACGGCGACUACGGGUGGAACAAGUCAACAAGCAAAAUCUAUGCAGGAUACCGGUGUCAACAUUAUGAUUGCUGGUCUGGCUCUUCAAGUUGUUUCACUUUUGGUUUUCCUUGGGUGUGCACUGGACUAUACGUGGCGUGUUAGCCGUAACGGCCUUUUCCCAACUUCGCCUGCGAUGCAAGGUAAGCGCUGGAAAUGGUUUUUGAUCAGCCUGUUAGUUGCGACUAUCGCGAUAUUUAUUCGCUCCGUGUUCCGAGUUGCGGAGCUUCGGGAUGGGUUCCAAAGCAAGCUGGCUGGUAAUGAGGUUGCCUUCAUGAUCCUCGAAGGAGCGAUGAUCCUUAUCACGACAAUGUGUUUGACUGUGUUCCACCCGGGUUACUGUCUUGGUGUUUCAUGGAAAGCAUAA